AGCACGCAGGAGGCGAAGCAGCAGCAGCAGCAGCCUCGAGGAGAAGAAGAGAGAAAAGUGGAAAGAGAAGGAGACGGAAAGAGAGAGAGAGACAGGAGAGAGAGAGAGAGAGAGAGAGAGAGAUGCUCCCCCAGGGCACGCGCAGCCCCCUCGGCCUGCUGGUCGCGUGCACGCUGCUGUCCCACUCAGCGCCGUGGAGUUUCCGCGAGGAGGGAGAAGAUGAAGGCAGAGAAGUGUGUUCAGAAAACCACAUCGCCACCACCAAGUACCCGUGCGUAAAGGACACGGGGGAGGUGACCACGUGCUACAGGAAAAAGUGCUGUGGGGGCUUUAAGUUUGUCCUGGGCCAAUGUAUUCCAGAAGAUUAUGAUGUGUGUGCUGGUGCCCCCUGUGAGCAGCAGUGCACUGAUCACUUUGGUCGUGUGGUCUGCACCUGUUACACCGGUUACCGCUACGAUCGAGAGCGCCAUAGAAAACGAGAGAAACCCUACUGCCUGGAUAUUGACGAAUGUGCCAGCAAAAACGAGACAGUCUGUUCACAAAUCUGCAUCAACACUCCCGGCAGCUACAGGUGCGACUGUGAGAAAGGCUUUUACCUCGAGCAGGACGGGAGGACAUGCAGCAAGGGAGAGAGAGCUCCGCUCUUUGAGAAGUCCGAUAACGUGAUGAAGGAAGGGACGUGCUCGGCUACAUGUGAAGACUUUCAUCAGAUCAAAAUGACCGUUUUCCAGCUUAAACAGAAGAUAACCAUGUUGACAGGCAACUCUGAGGCCAACAAGCAGAUGACCCACGAGAAGAUGUUGACGCCACAUUCCUUCAUACCUGGACCUCCGGGGCAGCCUGGACCGCCCGGGAGUCCAGGGCCUAAAGGCUCUUCUGGUGCCCCAGGGCAUCCAGGCCCUCCAGGUCCUCCUGGCCCUCGGGGUCAAAUGGGGCCCAUGGGCCCCUCUCCAGAUCUCUCCCAUGUCAAGCAGGGCCGGCGUGGACCAAUGGGUCCUCCCGGUGCUCCAGGCAGAGAUGGCAUGAAGGGGGAGAGAGGGGCUCCUGGACCUUCCGGACCACCAGGCCCUCCAGGAUCCUUUGACUUUCUGUUGCUGCUGAUGGCCGACAUCCGUAACGACAUUGCAGAGCUGCAGAGUAAAGUGUUCGGCAGGCAGAUGCAUUCCCCCGGCGAGGAGUUCCUCAACAACGCCGAUUUCUGGAAGGACAGUCAGGACAGCCUGGACUUUGGCUCCGGAGAGGACUACAAAUCCCAGAGUCCUCCCCGAAGGAAGCGGAAACCAUCCAGCACUUUAACUGAUCCUGAUUAGAUUAUCCAAUGGUGCGGUCAGACAGUCCUCAUAAAGUCAGAAAGUUGUCAUGUCACAGGUUUUUGAAACUCAUUACUGGAGCAAUACAUACAGUAAAUAAACCAGGUGGUCAAGUUAUCACAUUAACAGUGUCUGCUAGGAUGGAGCAGUGGCAGCUACCUCCACAGUGGUUGACCUUUAGCCCUUUUCUGUAAGACUUUUUAAACACUUCACAUUGUUUAGUUGAGCUGAAUGCUUAUCUGUAUCAAAUAAACAUUUAAGCCAGUCAAGUUUUAAACACGUCGAUGUAAAGAAAGUAAUGUUUAUUUCCAAAAGUGAUCAGCAACAUUUAGAUUUCAAACAGUGUUGGUUUAUGUGAUGUUACCGUCAAGUUCCCCCAAUUUGUUCAUGAAUAGGAGACCAGCUCAACUAAAGACUGACAUGUUUUUUAAAAAGUGUCACAGAAAAGUGUCUAAAACCUAAACAAUUUGGACAGAAGGCCUUUAGACGCCGAGCGCGAUUUAUUCAGAUGCCAGUAAGUUCAUUUGAACGUGCGUAUAACUGAUGACAUCUUGCACGUCAGAUGCUUUUUUGGACAUCACACUGUUAACAACAGUUUAUCAGUUCAACCUAAAAGAUUUUCUUUCUGUGUUAACAAGCAAUUUAACUGGUUUUACUCAACUCAUAUACAGUCAUAUGUACAAGUCUGUGCGCCCCUGGGCAAAUGACACAUUUUGCUGAUUUUCUAAGUGAACAUAAGUGAACACGUCCUCUACAGAGGACACACUUUUGCACAUUUUAAUGCACAAUCACUGUUGCUGAAUUGAACAUAUUGAGAAAAAAUAGAACAGGGGUGUCCAAUCUUAUCCGCAAAGGGCUGGUGUGGCUGUAGAUUUGAAAAAGUUUGAAGACUAAGACCAGCUGUUUAAACAAGCCACGCCGGCCCUUUGUGGAAAACAUUGGACACCCCUGAAAUAGAACAAAACAUGCAGGCUGUGCUAAAUUUACUGCACAUUUUAUCAAAAUAAAUAGAAACGAUGCUGUAAAAUGUGCAGAAAAAAUGUCAUAUUUACACUCUCAGAAAAAAAAAUUAUGAAACUGUUACUAGGGCAG